AGUUUUCUUUACAUAUUCUGGAAAUAGCAGGGAGGCCAGAGUGGUUGUGUUACAGAAAAGACUGGAAAACCUGGACUGGAUCACUGACGGAAGAACCAAGCGGCGCUCGGAGUUCUUGGAGUGUUGAGGUUUUAUUUUACACCGGCGGGCUCAGAGGGGAGUAGUCUGCCAAGGUCUGAGCCCUGAGCACAAGCAAGGGGAGCAAUUUAUAUUAUUUUGAUGUGUGGCACUUCGGCAUGCGCUGGGCAAAAGAGGAGCCCGGAGGAGGGGAGGAGGGAGCUGGGAGUGUUUUGCCAACUGGAGGAAAAAAAGCGGUUUGCUGACCUUGACAUCUGUGUUGAAUAUUUUCCUUAUCAGUUGGAGCACAGUGAACAAGGGUGAAAUUUGUAGAGGAUGGUACUGGGGGUGAGGAGAGGUGUGUAGAAGACGUGGACACUAUUAUGUAAGGAAUUUGGUCGUUUCUUGGGGUUUUUACAGGAUUUUAAGCAAAGGAAAAACAUGAUCUGACAAGUUGUAAAGCAUCUAUAGCUGGGAACUCAUGAUGAGAACAGACUGUUGAGGGAGGGGCAAGAGUGGAAUCAGGGAAAUUAUUGCAGGUAAAUCAGGUGGGAAAGAAGGAUGUCUUGGAAUAGUAUUACUGGUAGAGGUGGUUAGUGGUCAGAUUAAUGAUCUGCUUUGAAGGUAGAGCCAACAGGAUUUGCUACUGGAUCAGAUGUGGAUUGUGAGAGGAAUAUUCAUGAGGAGACAGUCAAAAGGAAGUUCUCCAGAACAGAGAACAGUCUGAAACUAGGGAUGGCGACAGCAUUGGUGAGUGCUCAUUUCCCAGCUCCACUGAAUCUGAAGAAGAAGGGGCUUCUGUUGGUGAAGGAGGAUCACUGUUUUACUCAGGAACAGGGAUUCAAACAGCAUGGAAACAGGUGCCUAGGGCAGGAGCCAUUGUCCAAACAAUUCAGGCAGUUGCGCUAUGAAGAGACCACAGGACCUCGAGAGGCGCUGAGCCGUCUCCGGGAACUUUGCCGACUGUGGCUGAGGCCAGAGACUCACACCAAGGAGCAGAUCCUGGAGCUGCUAGUGCUGGACCAGUUCCUGACUAUCCUGCCUGAGGAGCUCCAGGCCCAAGUACAGGAGCAUCACCCAAAGAGCGGGGAGGACAUGGUUAUUGUCUUGGAGGAUUUGCAGCCGAAUCUUAGAGAAACAGGACAACACAUGGACCUAGACCAGGCAAAGAAACAGAAAAUGCAUGUGGAGGAGAUAGUCCCUCUGAAAGCAGAGCAGGAACAGCAGGUCCAACCUAAGUGUGAUGUUCCAAAGCCUGGCAAAGAGACGGGUGAGGAGACAAGGAUUGAGAAUGGGAAGCUGGUUGUAGAGACAGACUCUUGUGGAGGAGUGGAGUCAUCUCAGAAAAUAUCCGAACCCACAGAUGUUCAUUCUAAGGACUCUAACUUGGAAAGGCAGCAGGCCAAGCCCCAGGCGAAGACUGACUAUAAAUGCUCAAAAUGUGGGGAGGGAUUCAUCCAGCACUCAGACCUGAUUAAACAUGAAAGUACGCAUACAGGAGAAAAGUUUGGUAAAUCUGAAGUGUAUCAGAGUUCUAGUCUCAUUGGACAUCAGAAAAUUUACUCUAGAGAGAAAGGUCAUCAGUGUCAUGAGUGUGGGAAAGCCUUUCAGAGAAGUUCACACCUUGUCAGACAUCAGAAAAUCCAUCUUGGUGAGAAGCUUUAUCAAUGCAAGGAGUGUGGAAAAGUCUUUAGCCAGAAUGCAGGCCUUUUGGAACAUCUCAGAAUCCAUACUGGAGAGAAACCUUAUCUGUGUAUCCACUGUGGAAAGAACUUUAGGCGCAGCUCUCACCUUAAUCGGCACCAGAGGAUACACAGUCAGGAGGAGCCCUGUGAGUGCAAGGAGUGUGGAAAAACCUUUAGUCAGGCCCUUUUCCUCACCCACAAUCAGAGAAUCCAUGGUCAUUCCAAAAGCCAUCAGUGUAACGAGUGUGGGAAAGCCUUCAGUUUGACCUCAGACCUUAUUCGACAUCACAGGAUUCACACUGGAGAAAAACCUUUCAAGUGUAAUAUAUGCCAGAAAGCCUUCCGACUAAAUUCACAUCUUGCUCAACAUGUGAGAAUCCACACUGAAGAAAAACCUUAUGAGUGUAAUGAAUGUGGAGAAGCCUUCAGGCAGAGGUCAGGUCUUUUUCAGCAUCAGAGAUAUCACCACAAAGACAAGCUGUCUUGAGGUGGCCUUUUCUGAUGUUUUGUAAACAUCAAAGACCGUAUAUUGACAAGCAAACAGCACUUUAGAAAACAUCACUCUAGUUGAUUCUGGCAUCAGAGAACUCUUGGAGGCCAAAGUGGAGGCUAUGUGCUUCCGCUGUCUACCUUUAGUUUCCUUGAAGUCAACUUUGGGCAACAAUAAUUUGACCCUAGAUAGUACUGUGGAAUUAGAGUUAAAUAGCAUUCUUUAUUGUGGGACUUCUCUGGGCCUUUAACAUGGUAAAUGCAUGAUUAUCCAUUUCCAAGUAGUAGAGAGCCUCAAGAUUGAACUAUGUCUUUGAAGUCAGCAGCCAAUCAGUAUCCACAGAUUUACAGGCUUAAACAGAACAAGAGCAGGUUGAAAUUUUUGCAUACACUACAGCAAAACUCUAUAAAAUAAAACUAACAAUGUUUGAACAAAUACCACAUUCAGAAGUCUCUUAAAGUUCAGGUUAAUGGUGAACACUUUCCCCCUCUGGCUUUACUAACCAACCCAUGCUGGCAUUUCCCCCACUCCCAAUCAACAGAAGCACUUUGGAAUGCAAAGAUAAUCUAAUUUUAUCAAUUCCCACCUCCAUCCUUGCCACAAUACUUGAUUGAUUCAAGUUAGAGAUCAAGGUUCUAUUUAGACUAUGGAAGAGAUUUCCUAAGUCAUUUGAAUGAACAGUGCUGAAUUAAUCCAGGUAGCAAUUGUCUGACUUGCCAACACCAGUGCCACUGUAGUACCUGCUGCAUAGACACUAUCUAAUAAAUGGGGAAAGAAA